GUGCAUUCCGGGGACCAAUGAGCUACUGGCGCCGACGAGCAGGGGCUGGGAGCAGCUGGGGCAAGCCGGGGAGAAGACGGAAGAAGCUCUUGUUUUGCCAGGUCUUCCUGGUUACGUCUUCUCCAUUCUCUUUUCACAGCGUCCUUUCCUGUUUGUUCUUCACAUGGAACCUGUCGGAGUCGCCGCUGUUGCUCCCUCAGCCGAGGCGAGCCAGGCCCCCAUUUGGCCUCAGAGCAAGUGUCCAUGGGGAGCUCCUAAAAAUACCGCAAUAUCAUGCUCCCUUGCUGAUGUCAUGAGUGAACAACUAGCUAAAGAGCUGCAGUUGGAAGAAGAAAACACUGCUUUUCCAGAAGUGGUGUCGGUUGUUGAAGCACCAUUUAUCACUGGGGAGAACAGUGACACUUCUAGUGAUUUGAUGCUGGCUCAGAUGCUUCAAAUGGAAUUUGACAGAGAGUACGAUGCACAACUUCGCCGUGAAGAGAAAAAGUUCAAUGGCGACAGCAAAGUGUCCAUAUCUUUUGAGAACUAUCGGAAGGUGCAUCCCUUUGAAGACAGUGAGAGCUCUGAAGAUGAAGUUGACUGGCAGGAUACUCAGCAUGAUCCAUAUAGAGCAGAUAAACCCACUACUACUCCAAAAAAGGGCUUUAUAGGAAAAGGAAAAGAUAUUACUACCAAACAUGAUGAAGUUGUAUGCGGAAGAAAGAAUACUGCUCGGAUGGAAAAUUUUGCUCCUGAAUUUCAAGUUGGUGAUGGAAUUGGUAUGGAUCUAAAACUAUCCAAUCAUGUCUUCAAUGCCUUAAAGCAGCACGCAUACUCUGAGGAGCGUCGUAGUGCCAGGCUUCAUGAGAAGAAGGAGCAUUCUACUGCUGAAAAAGCAGUAGAUCCUAAAACACGCUUACUUUUGUACAAGAUGGUCAAUUCUGGGAUGCUGGAGACUAUCACUGGCUGUGUAAGCACUGGAAAAGAGUCUGUUGUGUUUCAUGCCAAUGGAGGAAGAUUGGGCGAUGAUGCCGUACCUGUACCUUCGGAAUGUGCCAUAAAAGUGUUUAAGACGACCCUUAAUGAAUUUAAGAAUCGUGAUAAGUAUAUAAAGGAUGACUAUAGGUUUAAAGACCGUUUCAGCAAAUUGAAUCCACGAAAGAUAAUCCGCAUGUGGGCUGAAAAAGAAAUGCACAACUUAACAAGAAUGCGGAAAGCAGGCAUUCCUUGUCCACAAGUGGUAACCCUUAAAAAACAUGUGUUGGUCAUGUCCUUCAUUGGUCAGGAUCAAGUUCCAGCUCCUAAACUAAAAGAAGUAAAACUCAGUAGUGAAGAUAUGAAAAAAGCCUACUACCAAGUUCUUCAUAUGAUGCAGCAGUUAUAUAAAGAGUGCAGUCUAGUUCAUGCUGACUUGAGCGAGUACAACAUGCUAUGGCAUGGCGGACAGGUGUGGUUAAUCGAUGUGAGUCAGUCUGUGGAACCAACCCAUCCACAUGGUCUUGAGUUCUUGUUCAGAGACUGCAGGAAUGUUUCACAGUUCUUCCAGAAGAAUGGUGUAUCUGAAGCACUCAGUGACCGAGAGCUCUUCAGUGCUGUCUCGGGUUUAAGUUUUACAGCUGACAAUGAAGCAGACUUUCUAGCUGAGAUUGAAGCUUUGGAGAAAAUAAAUGAAGAUCACGUACAGAAUCAUGGGAAGAAGGUGUCUUCAUUUUCAAAUGAUGAUGAGGGUCCACCAAUAUUUUGCAACAAAUAACAUUUUGAAUGAACUCAGAUGUUUCUUGCAUCCAUCAUUUAGUGCAGCAGUGACUAAAUGUCAUUUGCCAAAAGCAACAGAAAUUGUGGUCAACUCAGAAUGCCAUAAAUGAAACUUCAGGGAAUAUGUGUUGGUGUGUCAAUUUUUUAGAAAAGCUCAUAUUAAGCUACUGGGACUUACCCAUCUUGCCCUGAAAGAAUGGAAUAGUCAUGUCUUUUCAAUCUGGCAAAAUUUUCAGGUACAGUGUAAGCAAACUGAAUGUGUGAGUAGUUUCCAAAAUAAGGUGACAAUUUCAGAUUAAACUCGGACAUGUACUACAAUUAGGUGCUAGAUGAUCUUUCCCUCUCUUUGAUUAAAUAGUGGUACUCAAUUUUCAAAAGUUUGAUUUUCUUCUAAAAUUUUUAGUGCACAUGCUUAAGGGAAGAUCAAUUUUAUUGUACUGACCUGUUUGAUUUAGUAAUGUAGGUUUACUAUUUUUCAA